CCGAGCGUUUUGUAUGCGACGCUCGGAGCAGACGGAGUGAAGUGUUUAUCGUACCUACCCAGUUUAAUUUAAACGUUAUGCACUGGACUUAAAUUCAGUAACGCGCAAUUGACAGGUGCCUAUAAAAUACCCAUAAAAUAUGGAAAUGAGCAUUAGGAAAGUUUCGUGUCCAACAAAAGAAUAUCAUAAAUUCUAAAAAACUGGUAGAGCUAGUUAGAACGCGGACAUUUAAGCGCAUUAGGUAUUCCAAUAUUCAUGUUAUUAGGUAAAUAAUUAACACGCUUUUCAUCUAAUGCUCAGCUAUCAUGCAUCGUCACAAGUAUGGCACCGAAACUACCAAAAUCCAUGUACAGUUACGUCGAUGGGCAAAGUCAAUUUAUAAAGUCGAUGUCCUGCGGCUGCUGGCCAGUCUCGGAGGUACCGCGCGUCGCGCCAUUCAAAACUUCGCCAUCGUUGCGGCACUACCGCUCUCAAAAUAUUUUCGAAAAAUCGGAUCGGGUCCGAUCCCGCAUCGCUAUUCGACGCACGCGCAGCGCCUAGGUCGACGCCGCGACGCGCCACUGACACAUUUCUGCGGUUACGCGCGCCUUUCGAAUUUAGAAUAGUUUUUAUUUUUUUUCGAAACCGUGAUUUCGUAUUGUUGUGCCAGCACCACGUGCGUGAAAAAUUUGUGCGUUGCAAAUUGACAUUUUCUGGACUUAGCUGUCAAAGAUGGAAAUGAGGCGAUACAGGUCCGGCGGGUCGUCCUUCUUAACAUACUGGAUAUUUCUUUUGCAAAUGUUAGGCAGCGCCCGCCGCGGGGCGGAGGGCCACGGGCGGCUCAUGGACCCGCCGGCUCGCAACUCCAUGUGGCGGUUCGGCUUCCCAAACCCCGUGAACUACAACGACAACGAGCUCUUCUGUGGCGGGUAUGCUGUCCAAUGGGAGCAGAAUAAAGGGCAGUGCGGAAUAUGCGGGGACGCGCAUCACUUGAGCGAGCCGAGGCCGCACGAGGCCGGCGGCAUGUAUGGGAAGGGGAUCGUCACGAGGCACUACAGCGUUGGACAGGAAAUAGAAAUAGAGGUAGAAUUGACUGCCAACCAUUUGGGGACGUUCGUGAUCAAGAUGUGCCCGAACAACAAUCCCAAGCAGGAAGCCAGCCAGGAAUGUUUUGAUAGGCACCCCCUGCACAUAUCAGGCACCCGGGAGGACCGGUUCCUCAUCCCGCUGGACACGGCUAAGAAGGAAAUCUUCAGGUACCGGGUGCGGCUGCCACCCUACGUCACCUGCACGCAGUGUGUGCUGCAGUGGACCUACUACACUGGUAACAUGUGGGGCAUCUGCCCCAACGGGACGGAGGCGGUGGGCUGCGGCCGCUCGGAAACCUUCCGCAACUGCGCCGACGUGAGCGUGGUGACCAGCACUGGUGGUCUACCACCAGCCUUCGCAGACCUCCGGAGGGACUACCCCUUCCUGCUUUAUUACCGGGACUUCAGGAUGCCGCAGAACGUCUAUCCUUUGGUUAUCAGAGAAACUCGUAAAGACUCCAUGAUGGGAAGGUUUCAAGUUAUUAGCAACGAUAUAUCCGACAUUGACGAGGACGAUAGUAAACCGCCCGUUAUUAGGGACCAAGUGUGCAUACCGACGGAAGGUUUCCGCAUGAUCCCCGGCAUGCAGAACUGGUGCCAGACCAACUGUCUGCGGUACCCGCCCAACUGUCCGUUAGCUUUGUGUCAAUGCCCACAAGUGUGCGAAGCCGUGGGCGAGAUCGAGGGCCGCGACGGCGCGGACGUGUACUGCAUGGACCAGUGCAUCGUGUACCCGCCGCACUGCCCCAAGAACAGGUGUCGCUGCUACUGAUCCUGGUCUACGUCACGUGGCUGCACAGCGAAAACAUUAGGCUCUUCUAAAACGACGAUGAGAGCGUAUCUAAAACUUAAGUACUUUGGAAAGACGUCGAAAUCCCAAGAAUUUUCUUCAUAGAGAUUCACAUAAAAAAGGUUUUUGAUGAGAAAACCUCCAUUAUCAUUCUUGUUUUUAUAUAGAUUCAUAAGUACAAUUUAAAUUUUUGGUUGAAUUGAAUCCAAAUGUGCAGCCAAGUCAAAAACAUAUUCCCUUAAAAGAUAUUGAUAAAAUAAAGUGGUUCUUCGAACAUUAGCAUUUUUUUCAUAACUUGUCUUAAAAAUAUUUUUUGUAAGAACCUACCGUUAGGUAAAAUGGAUCAAACAUUUUGUUUACCUUCGUUUAAGUAGUUAUUGUAUUGUUACAGUUCAAUACAUUACGGUAAAAAAAAUGAACAAUUCCAGCAAUAUUAUUUUGUAUUACAGUUUCCUGAAAAAUCUGUUCUUUGAACUCUUUGUACAGUUGUAGAAUAUUUUAGAUUGUAUAGUGUAGUUAAUAGUGAAUUGUGUAAAAUAAAUAAAUAAUUAUGUAAAAACAUGACAUUUUCUUGGAGUUAAAUACAGUUGUUCAAAGUAUUUAUCACUUCAAAUAAAUGUCGUCUUAUUGGUAUUAAGGAAUUUUGAAAUUAUUAUUUGCCAUAAAAUAAAUAAACGUGCCAGAUAAACUACAAUGAGUUUAUUUUUCCAUAAGAUUUUUAAAGAAUGUUUUAGAAUUAAUAUUUGUAAAAAUAAAUAAAAAUAAAAGAA